UCCUGCAGAAAAGAGUAGGGGAGAAGUGGCAUGAAAGAGCUAGGUUUUGAAAGAGCCACUUGCAUUAUUUCGGUGGUUAAGCAACGAAUUUGGUGGGUGAUCUUAUUUUAAGGUGGCAGCACUGAUUUCCCGCCACCCACAAACAUUUGACAGUUGGCUAGUGAUAACAGGCGGCGGUACAUCGAGUCAAAAUUUUUGGCAUCCAAAAGUAAGUAUUUUGCUCUAUCUAAGCAGUUUUUUGGCAUUUUGUUGUAAACAAAUAUAAGUAUGUGGAUUGUAGAUUCAGUUUGUGCAUAUAAUUGGUCUUGCAACUGCGUAAACACUAAGCGGCAAAAGGUUUUAUAUUGCUGUUAUUUUGAAGAUACUGCAUUAUGGAGAAGGCUGGCUCAAAAAAACGAAAAAGACCCGAAAAAUCGGUAAUUGAAGAAGCAGUCAGUGAAGUUUUGGAGAAAGGUCAGUCCAUAAACAGAACUGCACUUGCCUUAAACAUAUCGAGGGCUUACUUAGCUAAAAUCGUUAAAAAAGUAAAGACGUCUGGCGAUUCAUCAUAUGAACACUGUCCCAAUAUAGGCGUAUUUUCACAACAGAACAGGAGAAUAUGCUUGCAGAUUAUUUAAAGACCGCAUCUAAAAUGUGCCAUGGCCUAACAAGACAUCAAGCAAAGAAGCUAGGAUUUGAUUAUGCCGUAGCCAAUGAUAUCUGUCCACCCAAAUGGAAGUUGAAACUGCGACUGAUGAUUGGCUCAAAGGGUUUAUGAGCAGACACAAAGACUUAACUGUGAGAAAACCUGAAAGCACUUCUCUAUCCCGUGCAACAUGUUUUAAUAUAGCUAAUGUAAGCACAUUUUUUGAGAAAUUAAACACUGUUUUACAAAGAUACAAAUUUCCUCCUCAUAGGAUUUUUAACGCCGAUGAAACAGGCUGCAGCACCGUCACCAAUCCUCCUAAGGUCAUAGCUGAAAGGGGUCCGAAACAAAUUGGGCAAGUUACCUCAGCCGAACGAGGAACAUUGGUGACAACUCUGUUCUUUAUUAAUACUGCUGGUGGUUUUUUGCCGCCCGUUUUUGUGUUUCCUAGAGUAAACUAUAAAGAUAUUAUGUUAAAUAAUGGUCCGCCAGGAGCCCUAGGAUUGGCUCAAGUUUCUGGAUGGAUGACUGAAGACUGUUUUGUGAAAGCGCUUGAACACUUUGUAAUACAUGUCAGGCCAUCAAAAGAGAAUCCAGCAUUGAUAUUAAUGGAUAAUCACACCUCUCACGUAAAUCUCAGAGUGGUUGAAUUUGCCAGACAAAACUCCAUCAUAAUAGUUACAUUCCCACAACACUGCAGUCAUAAACUGCAACCACUAGAUAUCACAGUAUAUGGGCCUUUCAAAACUAGGUACCGCACUGCCAUGAAUGAAUGGAUGUUGACGAACCCUGGAAAAACAGUUACUAUUUAUCAAAUUGGGCAAUUUGUAAAAGAAGCAUAUUUGCCAGCUUUCAGUCCACAGAAUAUAACACAAGGAUUUUUGAAAACAGGAAUUUAUCCAUUAAAUUCUAAUAUAUUUAGUGAAGAAGCAUUUUUAUCUUCAUAUGUGACUGAUAGACUUGAUCCGCAGUCAAACGAUGGUUUGAACUUGUAUAAGGAAAGUAUGGAAAUAAACUUAAAACAACUUCUCCAUCUUCUACAAAAUCGCUUGAAGCUGGCGAAGAAAAUGAGCUUCUAA